AGUACUAUAAAAGAGAUUGAACGUAUAAACCUAAGAGAGUUGGAAUUGGGAGUCAAGGGUUCUUGGCAUGAUGAAUACAAGGACUCCGCCUACGUGUUCAUAGGUGGCUUGAGUUACGAAAUGACGGAAGGGGAUGUAAUCAUAGUUUUCUCACAAUGGGGCGAAGUGGUAGAUAUAAACCUUCCUCGGGAUAAAGAAACUGGUAAAACGAGAGGUUUUGGGUUCUUGAUGUAUGAAGAUCAGAGGAGUACUGUUUUAGCGGUGGAUAAUAUGAAUGGAGCGCAGAUAUUAGGGAGGACUAUUAGGGUCGACCACUGCAAAAGCUACAAACAA